CCAAUGUAUACUCUUGCCGUUUUCGUUCUUCUAUUUCUUGCAAUUCUCUUCAAAUUUUUGUACUCCAAUUUAUGGGUUCCAUGGAGAAUUCAAGUCCACUUUCGAAAACAAGGAAUAGUAGGACCUUCCUACCGUCCGGUCAUCGGAAACGCCACCGAUAUCCGCCGUCUAUACAAGGAAGCGAAUGCAAAGGCAAUUCCGCUAACUCAUGAUAUAGUGUGUCGGGUGCUGCCUUAUAUUCACCGAUGGUCCGAGGAGUAUGGCAAGAUGUUUGUGUAUUGGUUCGGGUCGAAGCCGAGACUGGCGAUAUCCGACCCAGAAAUGAUCAAGGAAGUGCUUGCGAAUACGGGUGGGCCUUUUAGAAAGGUCGGGUUCACUCCGGUUUCCAAGUUGCUCUUCGGAGAAGGACUUGUCGGACUCGAGGGGGACCAAUGGGUCGUCCAUCGGAGAAUCGCUAACCAGGCUUUCACUAUCGAGCGUGUCAAGGGAUGGUUACCAGAGAUUGCGUUGAGUGUUAAUAAUGUGUUGGAGAAAUGGGAAGAAAUGAAAGGAGGAAUGGAAGAGUUUGAAUUAGAUGUUCAUAAACAACUUCGUCUUAUGACGGCAGACGUAAUUUCAAGAACUGCUUUUGGAAGCAAUUUUGAAGAAGGCAAACGCAUUUUCAAUUUGCAAGAACAACAAAUGCAUCAUUUUCUCCAAGCUGUCUCAAGUGUUUAUAUUCCUGGCUACAGAUUUUUACCAACCAAGACGAACAGAGAGAGGAAUAGGCUAGAAAAUGAAACUCGUGCAUCAAUAAAAGCACUAGUUGAAAGAGAGAAAAACAGCAAAGAAAAGGAAAACUCAACUAAUCUACUCAGCCUCUUAUUGUCAUCAUACAAGAACCAAAAUGGGGAAAUAGAAACACUUGGAGUGGAGGAAGUCGUAAAUGAAUGCAAGACAUUCUAUUUUGCAGGAAUGGAAACAACGGCCAAUCUUUUAACUUGGGCCCUUUUACUACUAGCAGAGCAUCAAGAAUGGCAAGAUCGAGCUAGAGAAGAAGUCAUCAAUGUCUGUGGCCACAAGACACCGCCUGGCGCUGAUAAUUUAACCGAACUUAAACUAGUGGGCAUGAUAGUCAACGAAACGCUUCGACUUUAUCCUCCAGCGGUGAUGAUGAUGCGGCGAACAACGAAACGACUGACGCUAGGAAAGGUCGACGUUCCAGAAGGUACACAACUUCAACUUUCGAUAGUUGCAAUCCACCAUGAUAAAGAACUUUGGGGAGAAGAUGCAAGUAGCUUCAACCCUAUGAGAUUUAGUGAGCCUAGGAAACAUCUAGCUUCAUUUCUGCCAUUUGGGUUGGGUCCAAGAAUCUGUGUAGGACAACAUUUAGCUCUGAUUGAGGCCAAAGUUGCAUUGGCUAUGAUAAUUCAACGAUUCUCUUUUACGGUUUCUUCGACCUAUACACAUGCCCCUAUGAUGUUUGUAAGCUUAAACCCUCAGUUUGGUGUUCAGCUCCUCGUUAGGAGCUUAUGGAAUUGA